AUGCCAGAGCAGCCGCCUGAUCUAUCCCAAGGACGCAGCCUAGAGACCGAUGACGCGUGGGAGGAGCGGGGCACAGAUGCAUCACAUCUCGAGCAGUCCGGAACACCGACCACUACACAAUCAGCCGCAAGACAACACUCGGGUACGCAUGAUCAUGAUACGCUCACGCACCCGGACCCGGACCCGGACCCGGACCCGGACCCGGACCCGACCAUGUCAUCGCUGCCACUGCCCCAUUCGGGGAACUCCUCUGGGCCAGGGACUGUACAAGUGGCUGGGCAAGACGUUGGACAGGAAGCUGGCGGCUCAGACGUUCACAUCGGCACCGUCACAACGGACAGCGGCCAGACUACGAAAAAGAGGAACAUUCAGCAGGGCGAUGACAACAGAGAAAAAGGGCAAAAACGAAGAAAGCCAGGCCUUGCAGCGAAGGUCUCCGGGUAA